AUGGAGGGCGGGGCGAAGCUUUCGAUGGCCAUUCACAAGGCCAUGGAUGUAAUUCGCCAGCUCCGUGACCUCGGCGUCGAUGCUGACGUGGACUUGCCACGCAUCUGUGUAGUGGGCAAACAGAGCAGCGGCAAGUCUUCAGUGAUGGAGGCAUUGACAGGAAUAUCCGUGCCCCGCGCAGCUGGAACUUGCACGCGAUGCGCGUAUGAAAUCUACACCUCAGCAGCCGAUGUGGAGUUCAGCUGCGCCGUCAGCAUCCGAUGCGAAGAGCUGGGCAAGUUGCGACUGGCAGAGACCUCCGACAUGUCGAAGGUGGCGGAGCUCCUGGGACUUGCCCAGACGUUGCUGCUCAGCCCCAUCCACCUGGAGAAGUUCCGGAAGACGCAAGAAAUUCCCGAGAAGCCUGGGUGGUUGACCGUGGAGUCACUGAGGGGGCUGUUUGAGGGGUCCCCAUCCCCAACGGCAUCCCUUGAGCUGGAGUUCACAAGGGACGUCGUGCAAGUGGACAUUCGAGGCAGGGAGUUCCAAGCACUCCAGCUCAUCGAUCUUCCAGGCCUCAUUGCGUCCGCGCCAAAUGCGGAGCUGGUGUCGUUAAUUCGGGACUUGUGCUCCGAUUACAUCCGCCGGGAGAACACGCUGAUUGCGAUGUGCUGCCCCUUCGACGACGACUUGGAGAAUCAAGAGGUCCGCGCCCUGGCCAAGAAAUUUGAUGCCGAGGGCCUCCGGACGGUGGGGAUCCUCACGAAGGCGGACAGGAUUCCAGAAGGCCUGGAGACGCAGUGGGAGAAGAUCCUCCUGAAUCAGAUGAACUUGUAUAAGCUCAAGCAUGGCUACUUUGCAGUGAAGAAUCCAGGACAGUCUGACUUAGACAAGGGCCUGACUGCCGCGGAGGCAAGAAGAAUGGAAGAAGCCUUCUUCGAUGGCCCGCAGUGGCAACAUGGUCGGGAUCGUUGUGGGACCUCACCUUUGCGAGACUUCCUGGGAGAUCAACUGCACCGCCUCAUCCAGCAGCAGCUGCCCGAGGUGCAAACAGAGCUCGCCGCGCAGCACGAGAAGACCGAGAAGGAGCUGAAGAGCUUGGGCCUUCCGCUCGUUCCGGAGAUGGUCAUGGUCGAGCUCAUGAGCUUGUUGGAGAAGAUCAAGGGCCUUCUUCACAAGACGAUUGAGGCUCAGGACCGCGCUGAGCUGGACUUUUGGAAAUCUCUGGAGAAGAAGUACCAAGAGCUCAGGAAUGCCUGCUUUGAUUGUCGGCCUCUGCUUAAAGCUGGGGAGGUUGUGCUGGACAACAGCGAUUUGGUAUGCCGCAAGAUGAGGGUGUCGCUGAAAAGCUGGGACGAUUGGCACUGGCUCACUGCCCACAUGACAGCUGAGCGACAGCUCACGCAAGACAUUGACGCGAGCGGCAGGAAGGUUCCAGCCGCUUCCCGCGUACUGGAUGAGGACUGGUUGAGAAUGCCAGGCGCAAAUACCCCGCAUUUUCGCGCAGGAACACCACACCGCAACGACUCCAUUCCUCCGGACUGGAAGUCAGGUUGGCAGGAAGAAGCAAAUGGAAUCUGUAGUACGUUCUGGGAACGGCCGAAGCAGCUGGUGCAGAAGAGUCCCCAGUGGCCUGUCGUGAUAACCCUCGUCGAGGGGCCUCGCGAAGGGCAAUACCUCAGUGUGGGCAAGGUUCGUGAGCUCAUCGAGCGGCACAGGGGGCGUGAGCUCCGGCUUCCCGGUGGGCCUGCUGCUUACGCGGCAGCUCGAGGCCUCAUUCACGACGCCAUCAAGAAGUGGGAGAAGCCCGCAACGAGCUGCGUCACAGAGAGCAGUCGAUUGCUGAGUGAACUCGCCCAUGCCGUGGUCGCUGAGUCCACCAAGCUGUAUCCAGUACUUCGCACGGAGCUGCUGGGGUCCAUCACGGAAACCGUGAAACAGGCAACAGGCAUUUGUCAGGAAAGCAAGGAGAAGCUUCUGGAGCAAGAGUUGUCUCCGGACUUGUUCACGCAAAACGACCACUACCUUCAGGAUGGGUUUGAGAAGGCCCAGCUCAUGGUCAGGAAGCAACUGGGCCUCACGAUUGGUUGGAAACAGCUGGCACCGAAGGAUCAGGAAGACCUCAGGCGAUUGCUGCGAGCGAGCGGCAUAAAGCUCGAGAAGGACCUGGUAGAGCCAAGUGACGAUGACGAUGCAAUCUGGUGCAUGUGCGUCACAUACGCCUAUCACAAGGUUGCGUUCAAGCGCUUCUGUGAUCAGUUGCCACGCGAAGUGGACACAAUGCUUCGUCUUGUCGUGGACUCGAUGUCGAAAGAUGUGUGGAAGAGGCUGCAAGGUUACAUGGAGCGGGGCGCAGUCCAUGAGCUUUUCCAUGAAAGUGACGAAACCGCGGCUUAUCGGAAGAAGCUCGCCGACAAGGCCGCGAGGCUCUCGAAAGCGUUGCAGCUACUCCAAAUGCAGGAGAAGUCGAAGUGA